CUGUUUUAUUUCCUUGCUUUCCAGGUUGAGCUACAUCUGAAGCCAAUUCAGUCGAUGUUACGCCACCAGAAGCCCCUGGUCUUUGUGCUCAACUCCCCCCAAUCGCUCAUCUGGAAUGUCAAGGCAGAGAACCUUGCCCCGUACAUCAAACAUACCUUUCAUGUAUCAUUGGGCUCAGAGGUCCACUUUAUGCCAGGAAACUUCUCAAUCCUCACCCAAAUCCAGAGGGAGAUACUUCCCCAUGGCAAUGAACAUCUCCUCAACUGGGCCCAGAAGAAGUACAGGGCAGUCACCUCUUUCUCAGAGCUUAUGAUGACUCAAGAUAUCUAUAUCAAAGUUGGAGAAGAUCCUGUAUUUCCUGACAUCUGCCAGAUUGACACCAAGUUCUUGUCUCUGAACUACCUGGGCAGCCGUGAAGAGCCGCAAACAUCUAAAGGUUGCAUCCUGUCAAACCCUGAGAAAGGCAGAGAAGUUCAUAUCAUUGAGCUUCAAGCCCCUAACCCCAGCAGUGCUUUCCAGGUGGAUGUCAUAGUGGAUAUACGGCCUCUGAAGGAUGAUGACCUGGUGUUUCGUGAUGUGGUUUUGCUGCUCAAAUGUACUAAGUCUGUCAAUUGGGUGGUCAAAACCCACAAUAUUAAUGGGAACCUGGAUGUUGUGGCCUCUGAUACAGUGAGUUUAAGCUCACAGAUGACAGUGUCAAAAUCUCCUAAACAGCACUUGCCAUCAGGACCGCAAGCCUUGAUCAACUGGGCACAGGAACGUGGUUACAGUCCUGUGACAUCUUUCACCAGCACACUUGUGGCAAACCACUUUAAAAUCCGACUUAGAGAGCCAGAUAUUGCGGAUCCUCUGGAAAGCAAGCUGCCUCCUGAAUUAUCCAUCCUGCACGAAUCCAAUCCUCAACCAGAAGCUGGACGUGUGAUGAGACUGUCUAAUCUUCCUUUUCCUUUCCCUCAACACUUACCUGAUAUGCCCUUUCUGCCCUCUCCUGAUGAUGACCAGCCCUGGCAGUAUGGAGGACCUGAGGAGAAGAAGGGCAUUUUGAGUGUUGGGCUCAGCGUACAGUGUGAAGACAAGAGGAUGGUGGUCAGCAUCAACAAAGAGAGUCUGCGGGAGAAAGGGAUUACUCAUGCCACUCUUACACUGCAGGACCCAGAAUGCAAGGCAACAGACAAUGAAACCCACUACACACUAGAAAGUCCUCUUACUGGCUGUCAGACUCUCAUUUUUCCAAUACACAAUAGCCCUAUGGCUCUUCAUCUCAACUAUGUCAGGGUAACUCUUGCUGACACUAAGGAUGGGACUGAUGUGCUGUUGGAUUAUGAAGAUCAAAAUCCAGAAGAUGCGCAGUUCCAAAGCCGCUCAGUGGGGUCAGAAAGAACAUAUCCAGAACCAUAUAUGAUAGAGUUUAAUUGCACAUACAGAAAGGAUCAGGGAAUGCCAGAAACUCCUGUAGUUACUCCAAGACCAGCUAGGCAGCCAGUUGAGAACACUACAUUCAUCAUAGAGUUAUACGACAUGCUCCCACCCAUGGAUCCUUCGCGCCAGGUCUUCUUCACAGUUUCACAGAAUCAGCAAGUGUACGUGGAGGUCACAUCAACCACAACAGACCCGGAUGUGGGGUUCACCAUCAUAUCAUGUUUUAUUUCUCCCAACUCUAACCCCAAAGUGUCCUCACAAUACAUACUCAUUGAGACAGUUUGCCCCAUGGAUGAUUCUGUCGAAUACUUUCCUGUGAGGGAUUACCCUGUCGCUACGGAAAAGAUGGAGAAGAAACGUUUCAGCUUCACCUUCAACUCAAAGUUUAACAUUCACUCUCUCUUCCUACACUGUGAGAUGUCUCCAUGCACAAAGAAACCUCAAAAGAACCAAGAACUCCCACCAUGCCUGGAACCGAGUGAACCUUGUGAUUCUGUUACUGCAACAGAUAUCAUGGCAAUGAUAAUGAAUGCUAAAGUGUCUACCAAACCGCUGGCUGUUCUUGAUACGGAUCAACCAGACCCUCCUAACAUUGAUGAGAGAACAUCAUAUACCUUGGACACUCAAACAGUAGUGGGGAUUGCCUUGGCAGCCUUUGUCAUUGGGGCUCUAUUGACUGGUGCUUUGUGGUUUAUCUACACCCACACAGGUGAGACAGCUGUCCCACAGCCGGUCCAGAGGUCCCAGCCUGCAUCAGAGAACAGCAGUACAGCUCAUAGUAUCGGCAGCACGCAAAGCACACCGUGCUCCAGCAGCAGCACAGCAUAGCCAAGGCUGCCACCCAGCAGGACGCUGAACCCUGCUGCGACACAGGAAAUGUCCAAUGCUUCAUGUUGACCGGUUUGUUGAUCUCCUAAAGCAUGAACAAAAAAUUCAGAAGACUCGUACUACUCAUAAAAUAUUAGUGCCACUUCAAAUGUGUCCAGAGAAAUGUACUGUUCUGGUAUUAUUAUUGGUUAACAGGAACACUUCCUACAAGUCUUCCCUCAUAAUUGGCAUUCUAUUCAAAUCCAACUGCUGAUUUUUAUAUGACAAUGAGACAUCUUUUUUUAUUUUUAGGCUGUAACAAAUUGUUUGACUUUAUACGUUUACUUGAUGUUGGCAGCCCUGAAAGUAAGCAAAACAACCACUAUUAAAUUCUGGACAAAUGUGCAGGAUGAAUGCAAUUCAGCAUCUUGAGAGAUCAUUUAUCUAAAAAGAUUUUAAAAGACAGUGGAGAAAUUGAAUGUAUAUCAGAAGAGUGAACAAAACAAAUGUGAACGGCAUGCACAGUCAUAUUUUCUAGUAAUUUGAAUGACUUUAAUUUGAGUGAAUAAUAAGUAUGAGUCCAUGUCUGGAUUGAUCACUUAUUCAUUUACUCCCUUAGCAUUUUUAGUGUUAGCUAAAUAAAGGACUGACACCAGGAUAUUUGCGAACAGGUGUUGAUAUGUUUCUUGAAAGCAGCUUAAAAUCAACAUCUGUCUCCAAAACAUCUGUAAACAACUUCAUGAUUAAAAAAAGAUAAAUCAGUGCACAGUGAAUUAAUGGAGAACUCAAACACAGCUUCAAUGUCUUAAGGCAUGCUCAACAGGACCAAUUCUUUUGAAAUACUCAAAUGUGUUUUUUUAAGAGGUCAUUACUUGCGCAAAAAAAAAUAAGCACCAAUCCGUCAUCCUACAUUUUGGAUAGAGUCAGAGGAGGUAAUUUGUCUAUCUUAACAUCAAAGAUCAAACUACACUUACCGUACCAAUGUCUAAAGUCCAAAAAUAGUGUUUUUGUAUGUUAUGCUAAUUACCUUCCGUCAACAUCAUGCUGAGUAUCUAAACUUUUUGAAGUUUUAUUCAACUUCUUAUCUAAAGCUCGAAAGAAAGUAUAUUUUCCUUAUUUUAAAAUCAAAAUGUAGAUUUUUUCAUAAAAUUUUCUGUGUAUUUGUGUGAAUAAUGUAAAUGUUGACAUUGUUAAGAGGUGCAGCUGUUGUGAAAAUUCCCUUUUUCUUCUCCUGGUUUUAAUUGGAUUUGUAGUGUGUGCUUCAACAAAUUACUUUUAAAAGUAUGAUUCAGGCUGGUGAUUGAUAGAAUUAUCGAAUGAAAUUAGCAAUAUUCAUGACUUGGUAUAAAGAUUUAUAGUUUAAAACAGCAAGCAGUAAAAAGCUACGAACCUAAUGAUAAAUUGAUUAAAAUGAACUCUCUCUAAGGUUGCUAUUUGAAUAUUCAACUAUAUGCCCUCUUAUAAGAGAAAUAUGUAAAUAAGACAGAGCAAGUAUAUAGUGUUUGUAUUUCCUUAUUCAACGUGUUUUAUAUAAAUCUUGGCACUGAUACUAUGUUAAAUAAGCUGUGGCCAAAACUUAUUGUUAACAACAUAUAUUUUUUAAAACAACCCCACUGUAUCAGAAAAACAUGAAUAUUUGUUGUAUGCUGUGUGUGCAUUGUCAUAAAUGUGGGGAUCAAGCUUGGGCCUUGAGAGGGGAGGGAAAAGGGAUGAUUUCACAUAGCACAAAAAUGUAAGAAUGUAUUAUCGCAAAAGUUUUUCUUUCAUGUUAACUUGUAUAAAGCCUUCUACAUAGUAUAAAUAGAUAUAUUUGUGUAAAAAAAGUAUUUUUGAAUAUAUUUACAAGAGAAUUUUAUUGUCAUCUGUGUACAAGUACUGUGAAUUGUGACUUUGCUCAAACACAUUGUGUGUUUUUGGGAAAUUAAAAUGGUCAUGGAUAUCUCAAAUGAGAUCAAAUGGUAUAUUGAUAGGUAUUAUAUGAAUGUCUUGCAGUUAUCGAGGUCAUGGAAGUCCUAAUAUCUUGAGUAAAGGCAUCUGGACCUCCUGGAUCUCCAUAGUUAUAGCUUUGAAACAUACACUACCAGUCAAAUAUGUGGAUUAUUUUCAUAUAUUAAUUAACACAUAAAAACACAGAUUUAAUUUGACCUUUCUCCCUCAUUUUUGGAACACCAGCAAAUUUAUGCCUGCUUUCCAGUCCUACAGGUAGCUGAAAUGUAUGUGAAGUUGAUUUGCCAGCCAUGAAAAUGAUCCCCAUGAAACAUUAGCAAGCAACUUGGGUAACCAGUUAUAGAUGAUGAAACUGCAUUGCUUGGCUUUUUUGAUUGAAAAGUUCUCUUGAAAAAGCUCCUGGUGGCAGCUUACGUAACUCAUUGGUCAAAACAGCUGAACUCGAAGCACAAAAGCCAUUAAUCCAGUAAUUGAUUGUAAUUCUUGUUUUGUUUUGUUUUUCGCCUUUAACUACCUCGUGUUUCUUUAGAUGGGUAAUUUGUGUGUUUCUCCGAUGAUUUUCCAUAGAUUAUACAGCAUAUACAGUAAUUGCGGUUUUGUAGUUUGAAAAAUAUUUUAAGAUCAAUUUCCUAUAUAAACAAUGAUUUGGCCCCUAGGAGUUAAUGUGAGCGUGUGUGUUUGUCUCUGUGUGGCCCUGUGAUGGACUGGCGACCUGUCCAGGGUGUACCC